AGUCAUACGGUCAGUCGCGUGUAAGGCCGUACGACAAGCGCGUGUUCAAUCUUCGUUUUGUUGAAAUUAACAAAAAAGUUUGAAGUGAUUCUAUAAAUCAAUUAAUCUUCUCUGAUAAAUAAUGGCUGAAGGUAAUAGUGAAACAGAAGCUAUGUCUCCAGAUUCCGCUAAAAAGAGCAGCAAGCCUAUAAUGGAAAAAAAGAGGCGAGCAAGAAUUAAUGCUUGUCUUUGCGAGUUGAAGGGUUUAUUAUUAGAUACUAUGAAAAAAGAAGGUGCCAGGCAUAAUAAAAUGGAGAAGGCUGAUAUUUUAGAAUAUACGGUUAGACAUCUAAGACAAAUUCAACGACAACAAUUUUCAGCCAUUGCCACAACAGAUCCAGCUGUUCUUAAUAAGUACUACGCUGGCUUUAAUGAAUGCACUAGCGAAGUUUCGAGAUAUUUAGCAAAUAUCGAUUCAGUUGAUGUUGAAAUAAGAUCCAGAUUAUUAGAGCAUCUUAGCAAUUGCAUGGCUGCUAGACGACCGGGAGAAGAAAGUACCCCUCGUAAAGAGCAACAAACCAAUUACGUUAUGAUUAAUAUGCCUCCCUCUGCUCAGAGAACAAUUGUAAUGCAAUUACCAGUUUUAGCAACUCCCACCUUAGAUCUUAAUAACAAUAAAGAGGAAACAACUAACUGCAGACGACCUUUUUCAGCACUCUCUUCCGACGGCGAGUCGUCACCAGUUAAACGCUUUAGAUUAGAUAACGAUGUGAGGUUAGAAGAUAAACCUUGGAGGCCGUGGUAAAAAGAAAAAAAAUAACAAAAAUAUUGAAAAAAAAUAUGACUUUCUUCUAAAUUUAACGAUAUUUGACAGAAAAGGUUAAAAGGAUCAGAAAAGAAAAAAAGAAAAUUGGAAAGAAAAUUUCCCGUUCGCCUUUCUACCCUGGAAAUAAUUUUCUUUCAUACCAUUUCAAAAACCUGAAUCAAUCUUUUAGAGUGUCUUUUGUUAAAGUGACGUCACCUAAAUAGUAUUGCCUUUUCAACCCACUCUUUUCUGUAUUACGAUCAUGUUUGCCAAAAUAAUAAGAAAAUAACUUUGAUCUUUACUUUUUUCUUCCUUAGUAAAAUAUUAAUUAAAUUUGUUUUUUAU